GGUCGAUGGGGGUAAAUGACCCGACAACCCAGGCCAGGGCCUCGCUUCAGAAAGCUAGAGGUGGAGGACACACAGGAGAAAGAAGGUAUUCUCCCUGAGAGAGCCGAGGAGGCAAAGCUAAAGGCCAAAUAUCCAAGCCUAGGACAAAAGCCUGGAGGCUCUGACUUCCUCAUGAAGAGACUCCAGAAAGGGCAAAAGUACUUUGACUCAGGAGACUACAACAUGGCCAAAGCCAAGAUGAAGAAUAAGCAGCUGCCAAGUGCAGGACCAGACAAGAACCUCGUGACUGGUGACCACAUCCCCACCCCACAGGAUCUUCCCCAGAGAAAGUCCUCGCUCGUCACCAGCAAGCUUGCGGGGUAACCUGGGCACCCCCUCUGUCCCCUUCCUCACCCACUGGACUUUUGUAUAUCAUAAGCAGGGAUGGAAUGAGCGCUAGUUAGCUCUUCUCAGCUUGCUAGCCAGAAAUGACUGUGAUUCUGCUGGGGGCUGCUAAGAAGGUGAUGUGGGUUGGAAAGGGGUUCUGAGUUCAUUUCUUGGAUUAAAUUGAGAUUUCCAUGCCCUCAUUGUAGCCCAGGUAGGGACCCAAGAGUGAGAGACUAGGAUUAGAUCUUGCUGCAAAUGCUCUUUUUUCUUUUGUAUGAGAAACUGUAGAGAUGUGAUUUUUCCUUUUGGAAGAGACUAUCCCAAAAUUGGCUGGGCUAAGUCUUGGGAAUAAUUCGGUAGGUUUACAUCCAGAGGCUAACCUGACAUAGCUGGGAAAGGUAGAGUGAAUGAGAUCUGUUUUCUGUGCUUCUAAGUGUUUUUUUCCCUUAGGCUGCUAUUGCUUCGUGUUUCCAUUAUGGCAGGUUUAGAGAAUCCUCAAAAAGAAAAAGUGGUUUGCUUGCCUAAAACUGCAGUGCCCACUUAACCUCCCUUACUCAGAGAGUCUCUGACAGUUGGCCCUGGCUCUUACAUAAUGUAAAGAUUGGAGCACAUCAUUUACAUGAAAUGGGUACCUUCUCUCUCUCUUGCUUUUGCAAGUGUGGGGUAGUGGAAAGAGCACUGGGUUUGAAGUUAAGAUAUGUGGGUUCUAGUUGCUCUCUGAGCAGAACUGGUGUGUAAAUUGGUCAAGUCAUUUAACCUCUAUGGAUUUCUAUUUCCUCAUCUGUAACAGAAGUGAAUAUAGAUAGGAUUGAUUCAAAUUUAAAAUUCAUUUAACUGCCAGCUGAAAAAAGUCUUUGCUAUUUUUGUAAAACUAAAUGAGGGAGACCUGUGGCUGAGCCCACAGAGUGGAACCAUUUGAGGACUGCAUGAGGAGAGAGGACAUUGAGAUUUGGGAGGUACAGGUUCAGUCAAGGAGGCCUCAGAAGUAUCGUGGCCUCAGAAGUAUCGUGGUCUUAAGGGUCAAAGAAAAAGUUGUAAGAAGCUAGCUUCUAUGGAAGCUUCUUGUCUCUGGCCCCACCCACUCUCCUGGCCUCCAGUCUGAACCUUUGCUACAAAAACCUGCUGUGGCAGCCCAGCUGUAGGCCUGAGGACACAUGCUCAGUCACACAUAUGUGGUGGAUUCCCACGUUUCAGAUGUAGUCAGAUGCCAGGUGUAUUGUUAGGGAGAACAGAAGAAAAGGGACAAGCUGAAGCCAGCCUCCAGGCCUUGGAACUGUGGCAAGGCUAGAGCAGCAGGUUCUUAGGAAGAUGAUUCACCUGGGAGGAAGCUGGUGGGGGAAGGUGAUAAGGGAGAGAAAGCUCUGCCAUCCCAGAGGCAGGUAACUCAGCACCUGUGGGAUGAGUAGCAGCAAUGCGGACUCGUGAGCAGGUGGGGGAGAGGGGUGCUGGUGGCCAGCACCUUCAGCCUACUUAACUUGACCUGAAUCCUACUGCUGGUUAGCACAGAGACGGCCAGGGAAAGAACCAACUGUUCAAGAGAGCAAGAUCCUGUAAUCCUCUCUUGUCCUCUCACCUCAUAAAUUCUGAUAUGCCAAACAUUUGGCCUGAUGAGAAUGACCAUGAACUUGCUGAUGCACAUGUGGGGUGAUGGCAGGUGUAUAUACUUUUUCCCUGACUGGCCAUUCACUUUUCAGGCUGUCGCUCAGAUUGGAUAGGAGGGAGUUGGUGAGGAAGGAAUGGAGAGAGCAGGAUCCCUGGAUUCCCUGGCCCCCAGACUCCUUUGACUGUCACUUGUAAUUGUAUAUAAUUUUUGUGUUUCUUGCUCCAUUCCUCAUGCUGUCUUCCUUAGUCUAAAGUCUGUGUGGGACGGGGAAAUUGCCGAACAUCCUUGUAUAGUUUCCUCAACUGUCGCAGCCAUGUUGUACAUAUAGAUAUGUCAUGUUAUUAUAUAUAUAAAUAUAUAUAUAAUUUUGUACGUUUUCUUCA